AUGGCUUCUGGAAGCAUCGGCCAUGUGCCUGCCGCAACAUUCGCUGAGUACGUAGACGAUCUCUUCUCCACCCACCAUGGCCAUGAGGCCGGCGCACCGCAGACUUUGUCGGGAGACGAAGACAAACGCAAGCACCUUCACGAUGCAUUGCUCUACGCCCGGCUCUUACGCAUCGCCUCUAUUCCCAGCAAUUGCAUGUUCGUGCAAAAGCUAAACUACAACGCGACAGACUUCUCUCCGGUACCAUGA